AUGAAACCAGCGAAAUUGAAGCGCCGUUUAACAGCAGUGCAUCCAGAUAUUGCCAUUCAGAAAUGCUUGGCUAUCUGGUUCUUGUUAUUUUGCUUCCUGUACUGGUGGUACAGAGACAGUAAACAGAAUAUAUCUGACAAGCAUGUAUAUAUCAAGGGCUGUGACUCUGGCUUUGGAAAUGUUCCAGCUUUGGAAAAGUUCCGGCAGGGAUUCCAUGUUCUGGCUCUCUGUUUUAUUGAGAAGGGGGCUCAAGAACUUAAGAACAGGACAUCAUCAAGACUCUAAACAUUUCAACUUGAUGUUACCAACUCUGAAAGCAUUGGGAAGGCUGCAGAAUUUGUAAAAUCAGAGGUUAAAGGAAAAGGACUAUGGGGCCUGGUUAACAAUGUUGAAAUCGCUCUACCCUCUGGACCUUGUGAAUGGCUGACAAUAGAUGAUUAUAAAGUUGUGCUGAAUGUCAACCUGAUUGGACUUAAUGAGGUCACACUGAGCGUGACUCCACUGAUAAAGAGGGCUCAAGGGAGAAUAGUAAAUAUGUCAAGUAUAUUUGGCAGGCUCAUUGUGACAGGUAGAUCAUAUUCCAUCUCUAAAUUUGUUGUAGAAGCCUUCAAUGACAUCGUCAGGAGAGGGUUGAAAUAUUUUGGAGUAAAAGUGGCUUGUAUUGAGCCAAGCUUUUUCAAAAUGACCAUCACUAAUUUUGACCUAGUAACAGAGCAAGUUACCAAUCUCUGGGAGAGGUUACCACGGGAUAUACAAGAAGAAUAUGGGGCUGAUGACCUGGAUAACAGUGAACUGGAAAUGGAAGAUAAUAAACUGAUAAUAAAGGAUGGAGUAAAGCCAAUAAAGACAAAGCAUCUCAAGAAGCAGAUUCAGAUUGGGGACAAAGACAGAGCAAGGGGCAGGAAACAUUGA